AAUCGUAUCGUGUGCACAACCUUAAAGUUAAUUAUGUUUGUUUUGAAUCUGACUUUGACAUAUUUAGGAAAACUUUGGACAUAUUUGGUGUUCUCUGCUCAGUUGCCACGAUUUUUAAUAAACUAUGUCGUUGACACCAGGAAAGGAAGACAACCUAAAUCUCAUUAAGAAUUUGACCCCUGUAAGAAUUUCGGAAAACACGCAUGGAAAAUCAUGUAUGCAAGAUUCUAACGUCCAGACAUGCAAAGAUCGCUUGGAUGAUAUAAUUUCACAACAAAAAAGUAAUUUUUCCAAAUGGCAAUUAGCUCAAAAAAGAGGUUUCGCAAUUUGUACAUUGAUUGAGGCUAUUAAGACGCGUGCUUUAGAAUCUAGGGAAUCCAGUCGUAACCUUAAGGAAAACGAGGAAACACUUUAUCCGAGAGAUCUAAAACAGCAUAUAGAAAAACUGAAUAUAAUUCUGACCAUAUUCGAAGAUAUAACAAAACAUACAGAAGAAUCACUUCGACAAUUGAUAAAGUUAGGCAAAUUAGUUGGCAAUACAGAUACAGUUUUUUACCAGUCGUGGCCGUUGUCGCAAUAUAUCAACUUCUUCGACCAAUUAUAUUCUUCUUAUAACAAAGAGAACAAAAUAAAACAAUGGGUUGCUUAUGAAUUGCCGCACUGUAUGAACAGAUCCGAUUUAAUUCGUUGUACAACGGCAUGGGAAUACCCACAAUACAUUGAUGAAUGGACAUCCUUAAUGUUUGCAUUUUUGGAAGAAGAGAAUAAAAAUAAAACUUAGUUUUUGAAAUUUUCUUCAAAGCUCACCUAAAAUCAUUAAAUAUGAUAUGCACCAGGUUAGCAAAUGAUGCGUUAAACUAAUGGUUCGGCCGUAAUCAACUUCCAUGUGCAAGACAAACAAGUCAAUUAAACACUUUGAUCAUUGUUUAUUAACUUUAGUAUUAAUAUGUUAUCUAAACAAUGUAAAGUUUAAAGAU